AUGGAGGCCUUGCAAGCCAUCAUUGGCACCGAGAUCCCAUCCUAUGAGCCCAAUUCAACUGAAGAUCUAUAUGAGGACUUUGUAGAGCACGCAAAGAACCCCAGAUUUCGAGUUGACCGGUCUUCCACGUUGGCGCUACAAGAGCUUGAAAAGCAGUCAGAAUCGAUCAAGAAAGCCAUUGAAACGUCAAUCCCUCCAUUACAGAAGUAUUAUGCGGAUUUAAAUGAUAGGUUUAAAGCCCUGACGCACGAUUUGAACUUGGUAAGGGGAAGAUCAUUAGAGCUCAACCAGCUGUUGACAAAAAACUCAAAGGAUCUGGGAGAAAUAUCACCACUGGUCAAUGACCUCAUAAUCUCCCCGGAGGUCAUCACGCAGAUUUCGCAGGGCAAAAUCAACGACGCAUGGGUAGAAAAUAUCGCUUAUGUGCGGGAUAAACAAGAGAUCUAUUCGAAAUACAUGGAGACCGGCCAAGAAGUACCCUCUGAUUUUGCAGAGCUGAAACAGCUUUUGGCUAUCUUAGAAUCGAUUAUCAUUGAGAGGAGUAAGCGUUUUAUUGUCAGCAAAGUGAAACUUCUUCGCGACCAGCGCACUGUCCCUUCACAAAAGAUUCAGAGACAACUACUGGAUGUCAGAGAGAUUUUCCAGUUUCUGUCAAAAAAAAACUACUCUCUGGCCUUGGAGCUUAGACAGGCGUACGCAUAUACAAUGCGGUGGUACUACAAGCAAUUUUUUGGCCGUUACAUGCGGUCUUUGACGAUAUUGCAAUUUCUGGCAAUUGACUCGAAUUACGCCUUGGGCCGCGGACUAUCAUCAACGCCCGUCUCGACAACGGACAGAUUCACAAGCUAUUUCAGUGGGAGCUACAGAGCCUCAGCACCGACAAAUCAGAUGAUAAACGAUUACUUCCAGAUAGAAAAGCGGCUCUCGGUGUUGACCCAGGAGGAUAACACUGUUAUGGUGUCUCAAAUAGCGGAAAACAACAAUAGUCCCAACUACCUGGAAGUUGGCUUCAAAAAUCUCAACCUGGCACUUCUAGAUAAUUGCACAGUGGAGUUCUCAUUCAUUACCGAAUUCUUUCAAACAAGCGACAGCACGGAGGACCUGCGUGGUAUAUUGGAGCAGAUUUUCCAGCCCACUUUUGACGAAGCCCUAGAAUAUACCAAACGUUUAAUUGCUCCGAGCUACGAUAUGUUUGGAGUGCUCAUAAGCAUUUGGAUAUCCCAUCAUUUACAAUUCGAAUCUCAGAAACGACUUGUUCCAGUAUUUGAUGAUUUUUUGAACGGGCAAUUGAUGUUGUUGUGGCCCAAAUUCCAACAACUGGUUGACUUCCAGUGCGAGAGCCUUCGACAAUUCCCAAUCACGGUUUCGGGCAAAAGUCUUGCAGGCAGAAAGGGUGGAGAAACCGAUCCUUCCGCUACUACGCAUGAAUUGACCGUUCAAUUCUCCAAAUUUCUGACCAGCAUUCUGAUGCUUUCCAUGGAACAUAAAGAUAGUGUUGAUGAAAGAUCCGAGCCGCUUUACAACUCAAUCAUUCGCAUCAGAAAUGACUUCGAGACCAUUAUGACAAAGUGCAGUAAAAAGACCAAAUAUCCGGAGAGAUUUUUGGCCCUGAACUACACGUAUCUGCUGGAUGCACUGCAGAAAAACUCGUUGAGCCAAGAAAAAAGAGAGCAGGAAGGAUAUCCACCUUCCUUGAUCUUCCAAGAGACCAAGAGCCACCUGGAAGAACUGGUGAAGGCUUUCAGCACCAUCACGUGA